CGGGAGUGGGCGGGGCUUCCGGAGCCCCCUGCACGAGAGUCACCUGAAGAGCAGAGAGAAACCUUCAGAGGAAAGUAACCGCCGCCAGAGGAGGAGGAGAGUCUGUCUAACGAAGCGGAGUCCGCAUCUUACGACCGUGAAGUCAACUCACUCACUCAGGAAUAUAUGGACACUUAUUACUGACUUUUGGAAACCGCAAAACAUAGAGCUGCAUAGCGCCCAAAUCACCCUAAGCUAUUUUUGGAAGUCGUAGCCUAGUAACAGUUUUACCGCCAUUGGUCUGGAGGAAAGUGUUUUUAGUUUUAUUUAUUCACAACUGAGUUGAGACUGUGGAUCGGCUUCAGUCUUUCCGGCAAAAAAAUGAGUUGGAUACAGCUUCUCAGGAUUGUGCUGUGCGCCGCGACCUGUCUCCGCUGUGCGGCCGCUCUGCCCGCUGCAGGCUGUGAGGGGGACGGGUGUACCAGAGGUCAGACCUCUUUAUCACCUGCUCUGUCUUCUUCGUCUUCCGUGUUGGUGAAACCCCAGCAGCCCUCCCAGGACUUCCUGGGCCAGUUUACCCAGGUGAGCUCACCAAACAGUGGGGACCGUAAACACCGCGACGCCAGCGCCGUCCUGCCCUUCAUCGGCCUCACAGGCAGUGCUGAGCAGAGUCGUAGCUGCUGUAAGAACGGAGGAACCUGUAUCCUUGGCAGCUUCUGUGCCUGCCCUCCAUUCUUCACCGGGAGGAGCUGCGAGUACGACCAGCGCAUCAGGAGCUGCGGUUCGAUUCCUCACGGCGAGUGGGUUCAGAAAGGAUGCUCCUACUGUCGCUGUGGUUACGGCGUCCUGCACUGCUUCCCCCACGUCUUCAACAACGACUGUGAUGACUCGGAGGAGGUGCGUUGGUAUCGAUCGUCCGCCGUCAGGACAGUCGGGCCGGGCCGUUUCCUGUUUCUGACGCUGCUUCUUCCCCUGCUUCACCUUCUCUGAUGGGUUUAAAAAGAAACAAGAAAAAACAUCAGAGCUUUACAAGCUUCAAACUAAUAUUUAUUUUAUGUUUUUUCUUCCUAAUGCUACAGUCGGGGAGGAGUAAAUAGUCUGAAAACUGUAAUUUAGGCAAUGUUCCAUUAUGAGGGAAGACAUCCUACUUUCACGGUUUGUUUAAUACAGAUUAUCUGGACUUUAACCGCUGCCGUUAGACUGUUUUGGUGCGGUGGUUUUGGUGUUCAUUCAUGUUUAGGCCCCGACACCUCCAAAUUAUGAGCAUAUGAAAUGUGUGUCCA